AUGAACAGAAAAGGUUUAAAAACAUACUUUGAAUUUUUAAGUGAAAGGGAAGGGGGGUUUAGUCAACCUCUCUUCAUUGUGUCCAUAGAGGCGGUAUUUGGUAUUAAUUCUUAUGAUGCUUAA